AUUUAAUUAAUCUUCACCUUGAGAGCUUUUCGACCUCACGGCCACCGCGACGCCUUGCAUACAGACCGGUUCACCCACCACCACCUAAUCCAGACAAUCCUCUCUCAUACCGGUCUGUUGACAAGCAACUCGCUGCCAACCCUCCCUGUCGAAAUUCUUUCCGUCUCAUCCCGCGCGAUCUAUCCCUCGACGCCUGUUCCCGCCUACUCCCCUCCUCACUCUCUCCCUAUCUUCCACUACGAGUGAUCCCAAGAGUCUGUCUCCGCCAGGAGACUAGCGCCGAACAAAAUGAAUACCUUCCCAUCAUGGAAGGAUCGCACGCAGAACCAGUUCGGCAAGCUUCAGAUCCAAAUGCCAUGGCGCUCCUUCCAGAUGCUCGUACCGCAUCGCAUGCGCCGCAAGAUCCGCUCAAAGCUUCGAAGCCGCAUAUCACCAACCUCCUCCAUCUCGACUCUGCAAACCUCAUUCUCACCUGUCGAUACCCUUCGAUCGCUCCAGUCUCAUCGCUGGACUAUGUAUGACUUCCAGUACCUGCUACUCCUGAUCCUCGGCUUCUUCUCCUUGACGAUCAUCCAAUCCCCUGGCCCGUUGGGCAAGACCUCGAUCGCGACUCUCCUCCUCUUCUCCCUUCUCCUGCCUAUCACCAGGCAGUUCUUCUUGCCAUUUUUGCCCGUUGCGGGUUGGCUCAUCUUUUUCUAUGCGUGCCAAUUCGUUCCUAGCGACUGGCGUCCCGCUAUUUGGGUCCGGGUGUUGCCUGCUAUGGAGAACAUCCUCUAUGGUGCCAACAUCAGCAAUAUUCUGUCUGCCCACCAAAAUGUGGUGCUCGAUGUGCUGGCCUGGAUUCCCUAUGGUCUGUGCCAUUACGGUGCUCCCUUUGUCGUCUCCUUGAUCCUCUUCAUCUUCGGACCCCCCGGAACAACCCCCUCUUCGCCCGCACUCUCGGAUACAUCACUGGUCUUUCCUUGCUCGCCUCCCUGGUAUGAGAACCUGUACGGUCUCGCUCCGGCCGAUUAUUCCAUGCAGGGUAACCCGGCCGGUCUGGCCCGGAUCGACAAGCUGUUGGGCAUUGACCUGUACACUUCGGGCUUCAAACAGUCUCCCGUCGUCUUUGGUGCUUUCCCCUCGCUCCAUGCUGCGGAUUCAACUUUGGCCGCUCUGUUCAUGAGCCAUGUCUUCCCCCGGUUGAAGCCCCUCUGGGUUACCUACACCCUCUGGAUGUGGUGGGCUACCAUGUACCUGUCUCACCACUAUGCUGUGGAUCUGGUCUGCGGUGGUCUGCUCGCGACCGUGGCCUUCUACUUCGCCAAGACCCGCUUCCUCCCCCGUAUCCAGUCCGACAAGAUGUUCCGCUGGGACUACGACUACGUCGAGAUUGGUGAUGCGUCCCGUGAAUUCGGUUACGACCUCGCCAGUCUGGAUGGUGACUUUACUCUGGAUAGCGACGAAUGGACUGUGGGCUCUUCGUCCUCGGUCAGCUCGGGUUCUCUGAGCCCCGUUGACGACCACUACACCUGGGAGAGCGAGACUCUGACUUCGAACCACGACCUCGAGGCCGGUCGCUGA